AUGGCAUAUAAAGCAGCACAUUUGGCCUUUAAGUCGCGCUGGCACAAGACAGAUGAAGAACUCUGUCGGCACAGUAUGUCCUUCAUCUUGCAUACGGCGAUCCGAAAUGACUUCUUUCAGAGUUACCUUUAUCUGCUGGAAAAGCUUCCCCUGGUGAAACUUUACGCUUUGACAAGUCAAGUUAUCAAUGGGGAGAUGCAGUUCUACGCCAGGGCCAAACACUUCUACCGGGAGGUGCCAGCCACAGAAGAGGGCAUGAUGGGAGACUACAUUGAGCUCUCCAAUACAGACAUUGAAUCCUCCAGGGAGUUUCUCAGGAGAUUUGUUGGGGGGGUGGGGAAAGCUGGCACCAACCGCGCCCUGGACUGCGGCUCUGGGAUAGGUCGCAUCAGCAAGCAUGUCCUGUUACCAGUUUUCAAGAGCGUGGAACUGGUGGAUAUGAUGGAGAAUUUCCUGGCUGAGGUCCCGAACUACCUGCAGGGCAAGGAGGACAGAGUAGAGAUGUAUUAUUGCAAAAGCCUGCAGGAAUUCACUCCAGCCCCACAAAGAUACGAUGUCAUCUGGAUUCAGUGGGUUUCAGGAUAUCUGACAGAUAAAGAUCUCCUGGAGUUUCUCAUCCGGUGCCAGAAUGGCUUGAAGGAUAAUGGUGUUAUCAUUCUCAAAGACAAUGUAGCCAGGGAGGGCUGUAUCCUGGAUUGUCUGGAUAGUAGUGUGAUCCGAGACCUGAACAUCCUCCACAGCCUCAUUGAAAUGAGUGGACUCACCAUCCUACGAGAGGAGAGGCAGGAGGGAUUCCCUGAGCAGUGUGUCCCUGUCUGGACGUUGGCCAUGCAGAAAGGCCCUGGCCAUUCCUGAUUGCAUAGUGAGACUGCAGAGACUGGACUAUGGAUGAACCGCAGGACUGGGAAGGAGAAAAGCAUCUACUAGAAUCCUCCUAACCAUGGCACUGCUACUACUACAACUCUAGGGCAGCAACUCCUAAGGGAUUGGGAGAGAAUUACAAUUGAGCCAGCUUUUCCAGGGAAUAGUCUGCUUCUAAAUCCUGCCUGCUUCAUCAUUCUCUCCAUUUUUA